GGAGCCAGCAGAGGCAGCCACCGCCUCGUCAGCAGGGCACGGGCAGGACUUGCUACGUAUAGAGAGAGUGGAGAGAAGCUGUCAUCCCUAACGACACUGCGGCGAAUUUCCUCUGAGAAAGAAAACUGCCCAAGGGGAUGUUCACUUUGGGUUCCCCCCCCCGCCCACACACAACUUACUUUUUUACACUUUUGUUGCAAACACGACGCCCUCCCUUUGAGGCUACUUGGAAUAAAAACAUUCAAUGUUCUUGAGGUGUCUUUUAAGUCACAUGAAGACCUGAACAAAUUGUGUUAAACGUAGGAGGCCACCACUUGAGGGAAAACCACACAGCCCUCACAAUAACACGAUGCUGUGUUGUGAACGGGUAUAUAUUGUGGGCUUGGUGCAGCACAAAUAGACAGUCCUUAGACACGGUGGUUCACAGACGCCUCGCCGACAUGAACUCGAUUCUCUUCAUUGGCCAAAUCAUUGGCAUCAUCCCCAUCUCUGCCGUCCUGCUCUUCCUCCUGGCCAAGCUGGUCGCCCGCCACCGCCUCAGCCGUGUGCACGACGGCCGCGGCUACGCCGUGCUGAUAACGGGCUGCGACAGCGGCUUCGGACACCAGCUGGCGCGGUGCCUGGACCACAAGGGGUUCGUGGUCUUCGCCGGGUGCUUGUCCCCGGAGGGAACGGGGGCCCUGAGCCUGGCCCGGCAGAGCUCCAGAAAUCUGAAAAUCCUCAAGCUGGACGUCACCAGCGAGGAAGACGUGCAGCAGGCGAAGAGGACGGUCCAGGAGAACCUGCCAGAGAAAGGUCUGUGGGCAGUUGUAAACAACGCUGGGAUCACGGACUGGGCCGAGAUCGAGUGGAGCACGUUUGAAGAUUUCCGCAACAUGAUCGACGUCAACCUGUUUGGCAGCAUCCGGACGUCCAUCGCGUUUCUGCCUUUGGUUCGUGCCGCUGAAGGUCGGAUGGUGUAUGUGUCGAGCAUCUUCGCCUUCUUCAACUGCCUGAACAUGGGGGCUUACAGCGUGUCGAAGAGGGGCCUGGAGGCGUUCGCGGACUGCUUGAGAGUGGAAAUGGCCAGUUUUGGUGUGAAGGUCAGCAUCAUCCAGCCGGGCAACUUUGGCCAAGCCACCAACAUCUUGAGGAUGAAGUCGGGCCUGGAUAUCUGGGAGAAACUGGACGAGGAGCGCAAGCAGAUCUUCAACCGGCAGUACCUCGAGCUGGCCAGCGAGUACUUCAUGUUGACGUGCAAGGCGGGGUUCAAGGACACCACGAUGGUGAUCGACGCCAUGCUGCACGCGGUCACGUCCCCUCAGCCCAAAUUCAGAUACCUGCUGGUGUCCGUGCUGGACCGCUUCUUCUUCCGGCUCUUCCCGUUCAUGCCCACUAUCCUCACCGACGCUGUGUUUUCCCUCAGCCACAUGUACGGGAAAAGAAAAGAAUUGCUAUAUGCUAAGUAGGGAGAACACGAGUUGCCUCCAUCCGAGGAGGUUAGGUCUCCGGGCGUUUGUUUAUUUCUCGGUUGGUUGUUUGCAGAAAAACUACUCAAACCGAUUUCCAUGAAACUUGGUAUCCGGACAAAGGGGCCGAUUCAGGAGGGUUUUUUUUCUUUUUUUUUUAUCUCAAUGAAAAGUAUCAGGCAUACUUAUGCGCCCUAUAUCUAUGACUGUGUGCAAUUUGGUGUGGCUUGAUUGAAUUGAAGGGGGAAUAGUGUUGGGGUGGGGCAAUUGCAGUUAUCAGUGAUGUAUACUGUCUUUGUUUAAAUGUGUUUCUUAUGAAUCGCUCUUCUGUCUUCCUUAUGAUGUAUUCAUGCAUGGUUUUUUUUUAAUCCAUACACACAAACAAGCACACAUGAUUUGUGAAGGCAAAAUUAAGUCAUAAAGUUAUUAGUUCAUUGGUGACCAAACUUUGCUUUUGCUCUGGAUCCAGACAAAGGGGUGAAUGCAGGGAUUUUUUUUGUCACUUUCUUUUACAUUGUGCGACAGAGCUUUAAAAGAAUUUUUGCUGAAAACAAUGCACGGAUUUUGAUGGAAACAAAGCAGUCGUGUUUAAAGCUCAUAUAGAUUGAAAAAUAAUUCAUAAAUAAAUUAAAAUUAACAUUAUUGCGAUGCAAAAAAAAGUCAACGUCGCCUGAUGAAGCUGUAGUGUAGGCAUCGUUCACUCUGUUCUGUCCGUCUGAUAUUUUCCUAAUUCUCUACGUUCUUUAUAUACAUAUUUCUAUUCUUGGUUGGAGCAAAUGUAAAAAAAACAUAAAUUCAUAAUUUCAUUAGAUCAAUAAACUAUUUCUGACCCUGAUUCUCAGAACAACAUCGAAUCAAA